GUGGCUGUCGAGAGGAUGGGGGUCUGUGGGUACCUGUUCCUGCCCUGGAAGUGCCUCGUGAUCGUGUCUCUCAGGCUGCUGUUCCUUGUACCCACAGGAGUGCCCGUGCGCAGCGGAGAUGCCACCUUCCCCAAAGCUAUGGACAACGUGACGGUCCGGCAGGGCGAGAGCGCCACCCUCAGGUGUACCAUAGACGACCGAGUCACCCGGGUGGCCUGGCUGAACCGCAGCACCAUCCUCUACGCCGGGAAUGACAAGUGGUCCAUAGACCCUCGUGUGGUCAUCCUGGUCAACACACCAACCCAGUACAGCAUCAUGAUCCAAAACGUGGACGUGUAUGACGAAGGCCCGUACACCUGCUCUGUGCAGACGGACAACCACCCCAAGACCUCCCGGGUCCACCUCAUCGUGCAAGUCCCUCCACAAAUCAUGAACAUCUCCUCAGAUAUCACUGUGAACGAGGGAAGCAGCGUGACCCUGCUGUGUCUUGCUAUUGGCAGACCAGAGCCAACUGUGACGUGGAGACACCUGUCUGUCAAGGAAGGCCAGGGCUUUGUGAGCGAGGAUGAAUACCUGGAAAUCUCUGACAUCAAACGUGACCAGUCGGGGGAGUAUGAAUGCAGCGCCUUGAACGAUGUGGCUGCUCCUGAUGUGCGGAAAGUCAAAAUCACUGUAAACUACCCUCCCUAUAUCUCAAAAGCCAAGAACAUGGGUGUGUCCGUUGGUCAGAAGGGCAUCCUGAGCUGUGAAGCCUCUGCCGUGCCCACCGCUGAGUUCCAGUGGUUCAGGGAAGACACCAGGCUAGCCACCGGCCUGGACGGCGUGAGGAUUGAGAAUAAAGGGCGCAUAUCCACUCUGACUUUCUUCAAUGUUUCAGAAAAGGAUUAUGGCAACUAUACUUGUGUGGCCACAAACAAGCUUGGGAACACCAACACCAGCAUCACACUGUAUGAAAUAAGCCCCUCAUCAGCAGUGGCAGGGCCUGGAGCAGUCAUUGAUGGUGUAAACUCGGCCUCUAGAGCGCUGGCUUGUCUCUGGCUAUCAGGGACCCUCUUUGCCCACUUCUUCAUCAAGUUUUGA